GGUUCGGUCUUUAUGACUGCCACAUAACAACACACACCAAAUCGACCCGAAUGAAACUCGAUCACUCACUCACAGGUCUCAUAUUAUUAUAAACAAACACCCAACAUUUUCUUGCUUUUGGGUCUCUCUCUUCGUCUUCGAUAAGUCCUCAAAGAUGGAUAGAAAUACGGAAGAUAAUGAUAAACGCGUCGAGUGGCUCCAUUCUGAACAGUAUGCUGCUGCUGGUAACAUCUUCGGAGAGCCACAAAAGACCACCCGCAUCGGGAACGAAUACCAGGCACAAAUCCCGUCUUUGAACACAAAAAACGAGCUAUCACACCUCAUGGAGUUACCCCUAUGUCAUGAUGCCAAUACUAAUGAUCAUAAAUCUGGUAUGGAAGAUUGUGGAAUAUCAGAUGAAGAAUCUUGGAGCGCGAUUGAACAGGAUAGUUUUCUUCUUGGUUUAUAUAUAUUCGGCAAGAAUCUGCGCGUUGUAAACAAAUUUAUGGGCAAUAAAGGAAUGCCAAAUGUUCUGUCUUAUUACUAUGGGAAAUUUUAUAGAAGCGACGAGCACCGGAAAUGGUCAUUGUAUAGGAAGAAACGAAGCCGUAAGUCCAUACCCGGGAAACGGAUUUUCAGUGGGUGGAGGCGACACGAGCUUUUGUCGCGGUUACUUACUAAAGUCACAGACGAAUGCAAAAGUAGUUUGACACAGGUCGUUAGAGCGUUUGAGGAGGGAAAACUUUCAUUGGAGAAAUACGUAUAUACUUUACGGGAUACUGUCGGCAUGAAUCUUCUUAUAGAAUCCGUAGCCAUCGGAAAACGGAAACAAGACCUUAUUAGCAAGACCAAAAGGAUACCCAAAAACAAGCACGUUCAAUCAGCACUCUCGUCACUUAAAACUGACGAAAUUGUCGAUAGUUUGAAGGACCGAAUCGGGCUAAGCAAAGCGCGAUUAGACGAACUCUUUUGGGACGUCGUGUGGCCUCGUCUUUUAGCAAGAGGGUGGCACUCUGAGCAGCCGAAAAGCUACGGUUUUCAAAACUCGAAGAAUUCUUUAGUGUUUCUUGCACCUGGUGUAACGAAGUAUUCUAGAAGGAGUUUGGAGAAAGGAAGUCAAUAUUUUGACUCGUUCACCGACGUCCUGAAUAAAGUGGCGUCUGAACCGCACCUUCUUGAACGUGAUCCUGACGGGGACCAGUUGGUGGAGCCGCGUGUGAAACAAGACGUAGAUGAUGAGCAAGAUUCGAUGAAGUAUACGAUCGUGGAUACCAGUAUGGUCGGGCUCGUUAAAGUUAUGCAAACGUCGACUAGUGUUUGUGGAGAAACCGAACAUGACACAAUGGAAGAAUCUCAUAAUGAAGAUAUGAAUCGUAACACGUUGGAAGAUAAAGAUUCACCGGUUUGUGAAAUGGUGAACAACGGUGAACCGGUAAGGAAACUGAAGUUGGUUUUCAAACAAAAAACAAAGCGUCAACGGGUCAAUAAUAUUGGACGAAGCAACACGAGUGAUGACGAUGAAGCCAUAGAAAAAACGUUGUGUUCUGAGGACAAGCGUACAAGGAUAGUGAUAGACUUGAACAAGCGUCGAGUGGGUCCAGAUGCGGAUGGCGGUGAUGACUCAUUAUCUUCUGCUAAACAGUCGGAUUCAACUGAAUUAACUACCAACAACCAGACUGAAUUGUUGAAUGCUGGUACCAAUGGUCAAAGGCAGAGUACAAGAAACCGUGCGUUGACCACGAAAGCAUUGGAAGCUCUUGCUAAUGAUUUCCUGAACCCAAAAAAGCGGAGGAGAGGGUUGGAGGAUGGGACCCGUAGGCGUGUUCGUGGUAAAACCGCUCUUGUCUCGAGUUGCGGUGUGCGUUACAUAAACAACUUGGGUGAUGGAGUCUUAACAACUUGAGGUUGCUGUGAAAUGGUAGUUUGAUAGUUUUAGACUGUGGUUGAGUUUUAUAUGAACAUGUGAGUUUAUUGGAUAAUGUUUCUUUAUCCAAUAUAAUUAUUAAACUUUCUCUCAUAACAUUGGAUUAUACUAAAGUAAAAUGCAGAGUUUCAGUUUAAUGGUU